UUGCACACAACAAAGAUAGAAGGACCCUUAAGUAUGCCUUUAACCGGAUAAGUUUUAAGGCCUUUAGCUUAAAGAAAGAGAGAGCCGACAAAAUGAGAAUUUAUUCAAGAUAAAAAGCAGUGACAAGGCGUCAAUAAACAACAAGUAAUAAAAACGGGCAAAAGAAAAAUAACAAAGAAAGCAAGAGAAAAAAAACGUGUAGAAACAAAAAUCAGAGUUUAGUGAACAAAAAACAGGAAGAAUAAAAAAUCAUAGUGGAUUAUCAUUUCCUAGGGAAACACUCUAGUGCUCCAACAGAUCUGCACUUGUUGCUAACUUUUGCAGCCAUAAAUACCUACUCGGUGCCUGUUCUAAAGCCUUCAUUGAUGACCACACCUUUCCUCCCAAAAAAAAAUCAAACAUCUGCCUAAGAAGAUUACCACAUCAUUUCAACGUUAACCAAUACACGACCAACGUUCCCAGCAACUUCUCAAAGAUCGCGAAAACAGCAAAACAAAAACGGGUAAAUUUACGAAAUAUUUUUUGUAUUCAUUUUUUUCCAAGAUAUGUUUGACUAAACGUAGGGCAUCAAGCCUGGUACCCGGUACCAAGCCCAACUCAAGCUCCAGCCUAGAAAAUGAGCGUUGGGGCUGGCCCGACACUAGCUCAGAUUAGUCCGACUUAACUCAAUCAUUUAUGUUUAAUAUUAUUUUUUAUUAUGUGUUCGGGUUUAGAGUGCAGUUAUAAACUGUGGACCAGUCCAAGCCCAAGUCCUUAUCAGCAUGAUGCCCAGGCUUAUGUUUGUCCAUCGCUGUUUUCAACAAAGUUAUCAGGAUCAAUGUUAGUGACAGGACAGGAAUCGAUCUGUUAUUCGUUUUAUUUUUUAGAAGCUUUUUGUAUAGCGGGUUUGAUAAAUCAGGUGAGGUCAUCUCGUGCACGCUUGUAAAGAACCUAUGUAAACCCCUUUCUGUCGAACUGUUUCCAAAUUUGUGAGAAUUUAUUAUUUAACUCUAUAGUAGAAAAUAGUGCAGCAGAGAUCACAAAGAUUGGAAACCCAAUCCUUUUUUCAUGGGCAGGCUUCCUUACACCAAAGUACUAGACUGACUUGAAGGAGUACAUAGCUUAGUUUGACUCGUUAGGUGCAGUGCUCCUCAAAUUUAGCAGUGCACCAUCUGCCGAACACGGAACUGGACCUAAACGAGGAAAAGUGAAGGACUUCAUCUCUCGUCUAGCUUACCAGUAGUGAUUGGCGGAAUGGGUCCUGAUAGAAGCUGUGUGCCCACAAGCACUUGUAUGUUUGCUUAAUUUUCUCCCGUAGUUGGAAAAGCCACAUGUAUGUUUCCUUGCAAGAACCAAUUGGAUGGAUAGUCGAUCGCUAUCAGUAUCAUCUGCAGGGGAUGUGGGAAUACCUGGUUGGGAUGUUUGUGGAAAUAGAAGCAGCGUAAGCUUUGGGGCUGUCCGUGUCACAGACGGGGAAAAUGGUCCGGUCCCAUCAUUAUCGCUGUUCCUUUCAAACAGGUACCUAUAUAUAAGAAUUUUUUAUAAGAAAAUGUAACUCACGGCUCCUCAGUGAACUUAAGAGUGAUCACUAGAUACCGGUGCUGAUUAUUAUCUUAUCAUCACCAAAAAGACGAGAGCAGGAGCUUCAAACCGGCCUUUUCCCGAUGUCUGGCCGGUAGUACAUAUAUAUAUAUAUAUAUAUAAAUAGAUAAAAGAAGACAAGUAGCUACCAGCUUUUUUAUAUGCCAAGUUUUUAUGAGAAUCAUUUGGACCGUUGAUUCUACAAAGAUUACAGAAUGAAAAUAAGUUGUAAAUACAUAAGUGAAAGUCUUUCAAGAGUCUGAAAUACCCUGUAAGAAAAAAAGUGAGAGAAAGGAAAGGAGGGAAACAAAAUAAGUUUGUUAAAUUGAAAUACCUUGUCUUCUUUGAGUGGUAUUUCAUAGUCUUGAAAAAUAGUUUGGACUUUAUAUUUACAACUUCUUCUCCACGGUCUCAAUUCUUUGGAAUCGACAGCCUUUACGAUUUGUAACACACACACACACAUAUAUAUAUAUAUAUAUAACGCGCCCUCCUUGCUUUUAAUCAUGUUGGUGAUAUGACCCCUUAUAACUAUAUAUAUUUGUCAAUACUCAGAGUUGGCGAGGAAACUGAAACUAAUAUACAGUACUGGUGCCGAUAUUUACGACAUCUCCUCAUCGAUUAAUAUGUCAAUGAAACAUAUUUUUAUUUUUAAUUACUUUUUCAAUGGUCAGUACAAACUAAAUGAGGCUGAUUUGGAGCAAUAUGGACAAUUAGAGGGAAAUCCGAUAGAGACUGGAAUUAUAUCGAGUAAAGCCAGACCAUAACUUAUUUACUUGUUUCUAGAGGUAGUCCGAAGGUUCUCCGGGUUUUACGCACCCAAAGUGAUUGCAAAGCUAUGAGCAAUUACUAUGUAGGUUAAAACUAAAAUAGGGAAUAUUACUCGAUGUGAAUCAAGAGUUUGUAAAGUCUUCAUAUUAGGAUUACAUAUGACAAGUAUAUUUCAUCGACCUCCCCUUCCCGGCUACGCAACUUCUUUCCCUCUCUCUCAAACCGCGGAAGAGUUCACUCACUCACCGAUCAAUCGCUCUCCUUUGCAUUUUCAGCAAAAGAAAACUUCAAGAAGAAUACAAGAGCCUCUUAGACGGCGGUCUGACUGACUGCCGACCACCCAAUAAGAACCAUUGACUUGACUUGGGUGGUGCCCCAACCCCUUUCUUCCAACCCCUUUCUUCCAACCCCUUUCUUCAUCUUUCCUUCGCCUUUAUUUAUUUUGAUCUCGAGUUGCAAGUGGUGCAUGAGCCCCUUCGUGUCUGUUUCCCUCACCAGUUUUCCUGAUCUUGUGUUUCUACUUAACGUCUACUGGAGUUGCAGGCUUUUCCUAUAUACCAGCUAGUCUCGCAAGCCACCUUCAAAUCAGCGGUAGUCAGAUCCAUAACAGCGGCAGCAGCAGGUCAGUGCAGAUUCAGAGGAAGUCAGAGAAUGUCCACUGCAAGUGGAACGCCGGCGAUGAAAUGAGGUGAGCCGACAGCGGCCGUCGCCUUUUCCUUGGUUUCUUUCUCUUUUACAAUCGAUGAUCAACCUCCCCCAUGGCAACCACAACGCUGUCAAUAUGCCCACGCUUUUCAUGUCUGUUAAUUCUUCUUCUUCGGCUGCUGCAAUCUCCGCCAUCGGUUCACCCGAGCAUGACUGAAGAUCCCAUCGAAGCAAGACUGAGACAGAACAAUUACUUGGACAGAAUCUGCUUUCCAAGCGCAGAUGGAUUGUCCCCCAUCUACUGGCAAAACUUGGAAGAGAUAUUUCGCUACUUGGUCGACUCCAUUCCCCUUAUGGGCUUCUCCAACACCUCCGUCGGCGAAUCCACCGACACUAUCUACGGCUUUGCUAUAUGUCGAGGCGACAACCCUGCAGAUAUAUGCCGGAACUGCAUCGCCGCCGCCGUCGAGAGGGUCAAGAUCGAAUGCCCAAUGAACAGAUCUGCCAUGAUAUGGUUCGAGGCCUGCUUCCUUCGCUUCUCCAGCAACCGGUUCUUGGGGAUCUUUGAACCGAAAUUCCCCGUCGUGUGGACCGACAAUUCCCAGCUGUUUGCCAAGUCCGACGGCAUGGAGUGGGUAUACCCAUUGGUGAAAGAGGCUGCCGAUAACUCGAAGCGGUUUGCCACCAUGGUAGAGCCAAAGGGCGGGUACACCAGCUACAGCCUGGCGCAGUGCACCAUUGACCUCAGCUCAGCGGAUUGCUCGGCGUGCUUCCAGUAUGCUAUGAAAGAGAUCGGGAAUAAUCACACGCUAGGCCGAGUGUGGCGGUUUGCUUGCCCGAGCUGCGCCAUCUUCCACUACACCUGGCCUUUCUUUUUUACCUCACCAGCAGGAAGUAAAAAAGGUAGCCAGAGGAGAACCGUGAUUAUCAUUUCCUCCACAGCAGGGAUACUGCUGCUAGCAAUGGGGACUAUCGUCUUGCAUUUCCAUACGCGAAAAAGGAAACGACUUAAUGAGGAGCUAAGAAAAUACAACAGUGAGAUGGCUUCACUUAUGAGUAAUCUCACUGAGGAUGAAAGAAACCAUGAGCUGCCCCAGUACAGCCUAAGAACAAUGCAGGCAGCGACUAAUAAUUUCUCGAACGAGAACAAGCUCGGAAGAGGAGGAUUUGGCCUUGUCUAUAAGGUGAACACAAUGGUCGGCUUGUCGCAGUGAAAAGGCUUUCUGAGCGAUCUGGGCAGGGGCUGAUGGAGUUUAUGAAUGAAGUUACAUUGAUCGCAAAGCUUCGACCUAAGAACUUGGUUGGUCUAUUGGGUUGCAGUGUGGAGCGGGGAGAAAAGAUUCUUAUCUAUGAAUUUAUGCCGAAUGGCAGCCUUGGUGCUUUUUUUUUUUUGGGUGAUGAACAUCUUUAGUUCUCAUUUUUCCUUUUUCCGCUAAAAAGACUGUUGGCUCCUCAUGGUGAUAAAAAAUGUCUGUGGUCUUUUGCUCUUAUCUCUUGCGAUUUUGGUUUCUUGUAUUUAAUUCCGAAAUUUGUCUUGCAAGUUUCUUUUGAUCUACUAUACAAACAUGGUUUGCCCUGAUAAGAACAAAUGUCGGUCAACCAAUUACUAAUGCCUCUAUUAAGACAAAAAUAAACAGAAAAAAUGCAUACCCUAAAACACUAUAACCCAAACAAGAAAUCACACAAGCUAACUUUCAGAAUCAAAUAGAACAGCAUCAUGUAAUUGGU